CUUUUUCUGAUCGUGGAGAUGGCACCUCUAUAUAUGUUUUACGUCAAGUCAUUAAAAUAGGCUCAGAAAAAUAAAUAAAUAAAUAAAUAACUCGGUGUUGUCCCCCCCCCCCCCCCGUCCCCAUCACCCUCCCCUAAAGGCUGAACUUUGACCUACUUUUUUUCUGUUUCCCAGGUAAGAAGAAUCGGCUGUCUGUCUCAGAUAUGAGAAACCAGUAGAACACUAUGUAACAACUGUAAGCCAACCUUGAAACAAGAAGCCCGACAACUCAAUAAAAACACAAGCCCUUUUUCUGCUACUCUCCUUUGCUUCCUCAGAAGUGCUCAUGGCUCUGCGUGAAUCUCCCUUUGCCAACGGGUUCAUCGCUGGCCUGCACAGCCUCUCCUGGUGGCUCAUUUUCCCCUGCUUCUGGUUUAUGGACCGGAUGAUCGCAGUCUGCCUCCCCACCACUCUGGAGAAGAAGCAGCAACAUGAGGAGGCGUGCUAUCUCGGUCCACUCCGAGUGUUCUUUGGUUUCCUCGUCUUCCUGGCUCUCUUCGUGCUCACGGCUCCUGUAGCCCUGAUUGGCUUCCUCAUGUGGGUGCCCCUGCAGUUGGCACGCAGGCCCUUCAUCUACUUCCAGCGGACAACUACAAAUCCGGAGGAGGGGGCUGUAAAGAAUCUGGCAGAGGCGAAGGAAAGCUUCAGCUUUGUGACAGCCAACCUCUGCCUUCUUCCUGAUAGCUUAGCCCGGUUUAAUAACCUGGGCCACAGCCAGGCGAGGUCCAAACAGAUUGGUCAGACUAUCAUUCAGAGUGUCAACAGGCCCCGGAUUAAGAGUUGCGUGGUCUCGCCCAGCAGCGACACAAUGAGCCAUUGCAGCCGGGACAACCUCCUCCCACCCUCUCCUUAUUAUGGGUCCAUAGACUCCCAGCUCCCCAGCAGGCCUUGCUUGGAAUUUGAUUCCAGCCUGCCCUUGGAGGAGGUCGUCUGCGAAAGUGGGGGAGGGGAGGGGGGUUCUAGCACCAACGUUGCCGACAUCAUUGGUGGAACAAAGCAGAAUGCUGGCAAGCCGGACGUUUCUCCUGACGCAGCAGAAGUGAUGAACGGCACCAAUUUCAACCAGAAUUCCAACAGGUGCAAGGAUGGUUGGAAAUCUCAUAAAGAUAUCCCCUGGGAGAUCUCUCCAUUGUUCCCUGCCAACACAGACUUUGUCUGUCUCCAGGAGGUUUUCGACAAGAGAGCAGCCCAGAAGUUGAAAGACAUCCUGAGCCCCAUCUUCAGCCACAUGCUCUAUGACGUGGGUAUCUAUGCCUUCCACGGCUGCUGCUCCAGCUUUAAGUUCUUCAACAGCGGCCUCUUCUUUGCCAGCCGCUACCCUGUCCUGGACGCCUCCUUCCACUGCUACCCCAAUGGGAGGGGGGAGGAUGCUUUGGCUGCUAAAGGAUUGCUUUGUGUCAAGGUCCAAGUUGGUAGAAAUCCCCAGAAGAAUAUUGUGGGAUAUUUUAACUGCACGCAUCUUCAUGCUCCUGAAGCUGAUGCAGAAAUCCGCUGUGCACAGCUGACUCUGGUGAGCCAGUGGAUCAGUGAUUUCCAGGCACUCACAAAGAAAGAUGAUGAGAUUGUAGUGUUUGAUACACUCUGUGGGGACUUCAAUUUCGACAACUGCUCCCCUGAUGACUCCCAAGAGCAGAAGCACAAGAUCUUUGAUGACUAUCGAGAUCCGUGUCGAGUUGGGCCAGGCCAGGACAAGCCCUGGGUCACAGGAACUCUAUUGGAGCAGCCUACAAUGUAUGAUGAAGAAGUUUUGACCUCGGAAAGCCUGCAGAGGAGUUUGUCAAAUGAAGCUGUGCGGAGGAGGUUCAUCGCUCCUCCCGUUGGCUUAGACAACUGUUCCUGUGACUACCAAGAGCCUGGAGCCCCCUGGGCGGGGAGACGCAUCGACUACAUGCUGUACAGAGAGUCAACCCUCUCCCAGAACUGCAAAACCGUGAGUCACCUUCCCUACAUGCUGUACAGAGAGUCAACCCUCUCCCAGAACUGCAAAACCGUGAGUCACCUUCCCUACGUGCUGUACAGAGAGUCAACCCUCUCCCAGAACUGUAAAACCGUGAGUCACCUUCCCUACAUGCUGUACAGAGAGUCAACCCUCUCCCAGAACUGCAAAACCGAAAUUGAGGAAUUCACUUUUAUCACUCAGCUUGCUGGACUGACAGAUCAUAUACCUGUGGGCAUGAGACUCUGUGUGUCUGUGAAUACAGAGGAUCUGUGAGGACGACAGGAAAACUGAGCACAUUCGUUAUUGCAGAAUUCGUUUUCAACAUGAUACAGAAAGAACAAUUGUCAACAGAGAUGGCCAGCUGUAUUAAUAACACACAAACCCCUAAAUCAUUAGGGUGCAUUGCAGGGUCAUUUAAAAGGAGCAGUGUGGAUAGAGUUGGUGGGUAAUGCAUUCGACACAUGUUCUGCCACAGAUAUUUCCAUAGAUUUUUGUGAAGUUGGGAUUUCUUGCAGACUUUUGGGCGAUGAAGGUGAAAAAUGAACUGAGACAAAGUUUGUUCCUAAACCUACUUGCAGAUUUUAAUUGCACUGGAUUGUGAGUUUAUGAUUUUUUAUUUUUUGUUUUUAAGAAUUUGUUUUUAAAUAUUCUACCUGGUUGAUUGUGUUUUGAAAUACAAGACUAAACUAUGUCUAAAAUCUGUAGGAUAUAAUUUUUGACUGUGUCCCAUCACCUCCUUUUAAGGGGCUUUGAAAGGGUUACUUGUGUUGGUAUUUUUUUGAUUUGUUAUGUUUUUGUGUUUUUUUUUUUUUUUUAAUCGUUGAAACACACAAUCUCUUACAGCCUUUUAUGGUGGGCUGAAUUCAGUUAUAUUUUGUUUAGAAGGGGUACACAGCAAUUUCAUACAGUGUUAAGAAUAUAAAGGUAACCUGUUUUGUUGUUUGUGUGCUGCGGUCAGUUUUCAUUUCAUACAGUCAAAGUGCAGUAUCUGCUAGAAGGACUGAUCUGUGGCUUGUUUGGUGUUUAGCACCAAGCAAAGCUUUGAAUCCUGAAACAUUUGAAAAAGAUGCUGCUGUUCAUUCUAGGAAAUAGGGAACAUGUGUCUGAAAGAUACAGCUGUGGUUCUCAUGCCAUACUGAGCUAUGUAUUUCAUAAUCCAAAUUACGAUAGUCUGAUUUAAAAAAAAAAAAAAAUGUAUCCUUAUAAUAGGCAGCUGUAUAAAGAGGAUCUUUCACACAAAGCUUUACUUUUGAAAAGCCGCCUGUUCACAAAAAGAUGUGCAAAGUCAAUAACCAAAAACACUUGUUUUUCUCUUGCUAAUUAUUAUUGCAAAACAAAACCAGUUACCUGUGUCAGACUGUUUGUUUAAUGGGUUGUGCAGUAUUGUUCAAUGAAUGUGUUUUUUUAAUAUGAAGAAGUAAUUCAAUGGCACAAGUCUUUCAUCGAUCUUGCGUCAUACCUGUGAAAGGCCCACACUGAGCUUGUGUCUCUUCUCCAACUAGAUGCACGUCAUGUGUGAAAUAAAAACAUGUUGGUUUGCACUGCUACACAAUUACUAGAUUGAUUUUUUUUGUGCCAAACAUACAGUACUAAUGAACACCCCUGGAGUAUUGUAGAUACAAUAUACAGCCGAGUUUGCACUGGGGAAGAAGAGCUGAUCUAUAUUUGUGAAAUGUGUUCAGAUCUUCUACAACUUAAUCUGUGUAACAAGGCAGAGACAAUAUCGGAGCUUUUCCUGUGCUAGAAUUCCAAGACAUGGAGUCAAACUAAACAGGCUGUCCAGUAAGAACAUUCUGUAGCCACUAUGCGGAACACAGCACAGUAUUUCUAGAGUGUGCAUGCUAGGUGAUAAUAUAAUAAUGCAAACCCCAGUAAAUGUAAAAGUAGCACUGGCCUACUGACUUACACAGUUAUAAUGGUAUUAAAAUCCCUCGUUUUAGGACUGCCUUACGCAGCAAGUUCGAAAUGUCCCCCAAAAUAUCUUUCAUUUGAAUACAUAUAGAGUAGUGUAAAACUUUAGUAGAACAAAGCACCUCUUACCCACACAUCUGCAGUAUGCUGACAGGCUUUAAGCCUUAUCUCUGAACUUCACAAAUUCCUGUUGUGUUAUAUUAUUCCUACUGGCAUUAUUAUCUAAUUGCAUUCUAAUUAUAAUUAACUGUCAAUUUUACACUUAACCCACUUUGUUUGGCUGCCAGAGCUGGAAUACUCUGUCUGUCCAAUUACAGAACUCCAACCCUAACCGAUUCUGGCUUUGUUUUGGGUGUAUAAAAGCAGAGAACAGCAGGUAACUAAUAGAUUAUUGUUGUUCUGGUUUAGAUAAUGAUGUAGGUGAAAUUUGAAUGUAAAGGGUGGCAUUUCUAUAGAACUGAGCACUGCGCAAAAUUAUCAGAUUUAUUGAAUAAGAAUGUUUUAAUGAAAAGGUCACAGAAAAAAAACAAAAAAACAACUAAAUUAUUUUCUCAAUAUGAAGGUAGUUUGAAGUGACAGCAAGUUCAAAUUCGAGGAUCCAGUGAAAGUAGUUUACUUGGUUGUAAUGUGGUUUGCACAUGAGAAAUCUAGACUGAAAGUGAAUUAUUUCUGGCUGGGUUCACAGUGCCAGAUUAGCACUGAUGAGGAAUUGGAGUGCUUUUCCAACAGAUAAGGUAGUUCAAGGUUAUGUAUUUUAUGUUGCUGUUUUAUUGCAGUGCUUGUGAUGACCUGUGGAAGGGCCUAUUACUGCUGCUUGCCUUCGUCAUUGGCAGUGGAGUUUACCGAAG